AUGAAAUCUUCUCUCCAGGCGCUAAACGAUGCUCAUAAAUCUCUGAUCCAAACGAAGUUCAUUACAACUGGAAUGGGAUGUCUUAAGGAUCAUCCUUUGUCUUUUUCUGACAUAAAUACUUUGAGAAAAAAGAUGUUACCUGAUGGAGAAAACGCUAAGUGUUUCGCCGAAUGCUUGUUUAAGAAACUUGGACUUAUGGAUGAUAUGGGAAAGUUGUCAUCUUCUGGUGCUAAAGAGAAUGCGAUGCAUAUUUUCAAGGACAGUGAAGAACAUAUAGCUAAAGUUGAAGAGUUCGUCAAAACUUGUUCAACAGUGAAUGCCAUGGAUUUGAAUGAGGCGGCUAUGAAGAGCUGCGAUAGAGCGAAACAUGCUUUUGACUGCUUGGUAGAGAACGCGCCUAAAUUUGGAUUUGAUGUAAACUUCUAG